AAUUCAUUUAGUCGCGAAUGUGCAUUCAACAGGACAGACACAUGCCUCCAUAUUUCAAGGAUAACAUGGAUGACGGAUCAUCAAAGCAGACAGGAGUCCUUUUUGAGGCCGAUGCGGAAACGAUGGAUGGAGAUCUGGCCAUCGAUACCGCACAAUUUAAGCGGGCCGAGGAUCGAAAGCUGCCUUGGGUCUGGCGCAACAUAAUCCUUUUUGCCUAUGUCCACCUGGCAGCCCUAUACGGAUUGUAUUUAAUAUUCACACAGGCCAAGUUUGCCACCACAUUAUUCUCUGCUGUCCUAUACACCUGCGGCAUGCUGGGAAUCACCGGAGGUGCCCAUCGACUAUGGGCCCAUCGCUCGUACAAAGCCAAGUGGCCACUGCGCCUGAUCCUAAUUGUAUUCAACACGGUGGCCUUCCAAGACGCCGCCUACCACUGGGCCCGCGAUCAUCGGGUGCACCACAAGUUCUCUGAGACGGAUGCCGAUCCGCAUAAUGCCACCCGAGGAUUCUUCUUCUCGCACGUGGGCUGGCUGCUGUGCAAAAAGCAUCCGGAUGUAAAGGAGAAGGGCAAGGGCCUGGAUCUUUCCGACCUUCGGGCCGAUCGCAUUUUAAUGUUUCAACGCAAACACUACUACGUCAUGAUGCCGCUGGCCUGCUUCAUCCUGCCCACGGUAAUUCCCAAGAUGUGCUGGGAUGAGUCGCUGAUGUGCUCUUGGUUCGUGGCCACCAUGUUCCGUUGGUGCUUCCAGCUGAACAUGACUUGGCUGGUAAACAGUGCGGCUCACAAAUACGGAGGAAAGCCUUACGACAGUUCAAUGAAUCCCGUUCAGAAUGCUGGCGUUGCAGCCAUGACUUUUGGCGAAGGCUGGCACAACUAUCAUCACGUGUUCCCCUGGGAUUAUAAGACGGCCGAAUGGGGAAACUACUCCCUGAACCUAACCACAGCAUUCAUUGACUUGUUCGCCAAGAUUGGCUGGGCCUACGAUCUUAAAUCCGUUUCUCCGGACAUCAUAAAGAGGCGGGUUCAGCGCACUGGCGACGGUACCCAUGAGCUGUGGGGAUGGGGCGACAAGGACCUCACCGCCGAAGAUGCCAAGAAUGUUCUAUUUGUUGAUAAGAAGAGAGACUGAUGUAUAAGGAGGCAUCUGAAUCGUAAACCACUUAAUUUAUGGUAUGCUAAAUAAUGUGUUAUUUAAUAUUAUGGUUAAUGGAGGUUUCCAUUGCAUUUCCAUUCUUCCUUCCUCUUUCGCUUCAAUAAAUAUAAACUUUUAAGAGA